UCAGGGCAGGCGGGCCACUGCUGGGGUUUUAUCUCUCUCGGCCACAUUGCAGUAGUGUUCCGCUCUCCAUACUAAAUAGGAAACUGGACGUGAUGUGGAAUUAGAGCCUACCCAGCUGAAGCCACCCAACGCUUACUACAAAUAUAGCCGCGAUGCGUAGGCCACAAAAUGGCUCCACUCACUUUUCCCAAUGAAAAGCAAAUGGAUUUAGCAAUUUUAUCCCGAUGCGGGUGUCCUUCCUCCCUGUAAAGUCGUAAGUAGCUCGAGGUGGGAGGAGUAAAUUCAGCCUGACACUGAGAGCGCUUUUGUUGAAACAGGAGAGACUUGCGGUGUCCCUACUUAAAUAUGACACAUGACGAUGGACCGGCCGCCCGCCCCGCCGCCCCCCAGUGACCCCCGCGAUGCCCGCCGCCCCCGGCGCCAGGACUCGGAGCCCUCCACGGAGCCGGAGAGCAGCGCCCGCGCGGGGAUGGAGGCGCCGGCCGAGCCGCAGCUGCUGCUCAACGGGGCGGCCAAGGAGGCGGGCCGCCCCUCCCCCGGGCCCCCCGCCGCCGCCGCCGUGCCCGUCAUCGAGCUGGUGCGCCGGGGGGGCUCCCUGGACAUAAAAAGCCGGGAGGCGGCGGGCGAGGCGAUGCAGAGAGCGCCGGGCGCGGAGCCGUGCCGCGCCGCCGAGGCAGCCUGUGAGGCGCGCAUGGUGCAGCUGAGCCCCCCCGCGCUCCCGCUGCAGCCCCCCGGCAGGGCCAUGCUCUACGGGCUGGGGCAGCCCCUGGCCGCCAUCAGCAGCGGGUUUUUCGGUGAACCGGACUCCUUCUCCAUGUACGGCAGCAACCGGGUGAAGCGGAGACCUUCUCCCUACGAGAUGGAGAUCGCUGACGGUCCUCAUACGAAAGUGGUUCGUCGCAUUUUUACCAAUAGCCGGGAGAGGUGGAGACAGCAGAAUGUCAACGGAGCCUUUGCAGAGCUUCGCAAGCUCAUCCCCACUCACCCACCUGACAAAAAACUGAGCAAGAAUGAGAUUUUGCGCCUGGCUAUGAAAUACAUCAACUUCCUGGCCAAGCUGCUCAACGACCAGGAGGAAGAAGGAAACCAAAGGGGCAAAGUGAACAAAGACUCUGGGAUAGUCCAGGAAGACCUCCUGCAGGAUAUGUUGUCUCCUAACUCUAGCUGUGGAAGUUCUUUAGACGGAGCAGCAAGCCCGGACAGCUUCACAGAAGAGCACGAAACACUAGAUUCGAAGCACACGCGGAGCCUGCACCAUGCCAUUCUCCCCGUAGAAGGCAACACGCAGCGGUGAUGACCUUCUGCAUCGCUCCCAAAGCACCAAGUGGGGAGGCAAGACCUGAGUGUGUGGAUGAUGGAACUUGUGCCUGUGGGAUUUUUGACUGCUUUUCCCCAGGGUCUCGGGCUCUCCAUCCUCCCCAGCCUGGGAUGGAGCGGCCGCUGCAUUGGCCGAGGACAAGACCAAACCAGAUGGACGUUCCGCAUUGAGGUACGUGAUCGUACAAAGAAGAAAAGCAUUGAAGUCAUCUUCAUUGUACAUACUGCUCCUGACGUGACUUUGUGGAGGGGAAGGAGACGUGGCCGGCACCUUUCCAGCGUUUAGAGGGUUCUCAGACUUUUUGACAACCAUCGCUUUUCAAAGGGUCGCCCAACUGAGACAUGAAACUCCUCUUGCCCUGCUGGUGGAGGCCACUGAAGCUUUCCAGCUCCACGUGGCGCUGGAGACUGCUGAAACCUGCCAGUGCUACAGAAUUUCUCCAACCCAUGGCAGUCUGAGCAGGAGCUGGGGCCAUGUGCUCCUGGUGUUCGAGAGCUUUUGACUGUAUCUUUUUAAAGAGGUGAAAAAAUACCCUCAGCAAAAGAACUAUUAAAAGGAUUAAGACUC